AUGUUUGAACCACAACUUGGUAGAAGUAUUGAGGUUUAUAUCAACGACAUGGUUGUGAAGAGUAAAGUGGUGUCUGAGCAUGUGGAAGAUCUCACGAGUAUCUUUGCGAUACUGAGAAAACGCAAGUUACGCUUGAAUGCUUCAAAAUGCUCCUUUGGUGUGGGUUCUGGAAAGUUCUUGGGGUCAGCUGAGAGGUGUCGUCCUUUUUUCCCCCUAUUGCAUAAGUGGCAAGGAUUUGAAUGGACCGAGGAGUGUGCUGUGGCAUUCCAACAGUUGAAAGAAUACCUGUUCCGGCCGCCUAUCAUGUCUAGUCCUGAGGUGGAUGAGGUAUUGUUUGCUUAUCUGGCGGUUGCCCCUCAUGCAGUUAGUUUCGUCUUGAUACGAGAAGACAAUGGCGUCCAAAAGCCAGUGUACUAUGUAAGUAAAUCCCUUCAUGAGGCCGAGAUGAGAUACUUGUCAUUAGAAAAGGUCAUCUUGGUUGUGGUCCAUGCAACGCGCAAACUUCCACAUUACUUUCAAGCCCAUACUGUGGUUAUCUUGACCCAGCUACCCCUCAAGUCCAUACUAAGAAGUGUGGACUACACCGGAAGAAUUGCUAAGUGGGGCAUGAUUCUGGGUGCCUUCGAUAUCAAGUACCUGCCUCGUACCUCUGUGAAAGGCCAAGUCCUUGCCGAUCUGGUGGUCGAGUUCACCGAGUACCCAGAAGAAGUUAACAUGAAGCAAGACCACAUGGAUGAAAAAUCGGUCAGCCUAAUAUCCACACAAGGCGGUUCCUCUUGGAGGGUGUACGUGGACGGGGCAGCGAGCCAACGGGGAGUAGGAUUGGGAUUAGUAUUGAUAUCCCCCGAAGAGGUCAUCAUCGAGAAGUCAUUAAGGUUAGGGUUCUCGGCAACUAACUACGAAUCAGAAUACGAAGCUUUGUUAAUGGGAAUGAGUAUGGUCCAAAAAAUGGGCGGAAAGGUAGUGGAAUUAUUCUCGGACUCGAGAUUGGUAGUCGGCCAGGUGAGAGGAGAAUUGGAGGCCCGGGAUCCAAGGAUGCAAAGGUAUCUGAGCAGGGUUAGGCGUAUGCAAACGAAGUUUGAGUCUUUCGACUUAUCGCAUAUUCCCCGAGGUGAAAAUACUCACGCUGAUUCCUUGGCAACCCUUGCCACCUCCUCGGUACGGAAUUUUCCUCGGGUGAUCAUUGUUGAAGACCUGUGUACCCCCACCUUACCAGAAAAGGAUGUUUGCUAA